UCAGCGAAAUCCCGGGUUUAGCUCGAAUUUCCUUAACAAGGAUAAACAUGCCAUUCCCACUGAUAAAACUUGUAUAUUUAUUUGUCAAGCAGGUUAGUAAACCUGUGGCGACAAGAGUAACGGGGUACAUGAAAGAAAAGCCAUUUAUACGUAAAAAUAUAAUGAUUCCAUUAGCGCAAGUCUAUCACAGAACUGAAGCCAAUCUUAGAUUGAUGCUGAUGUAUAAUCAAGGCCACAAAGUGAAAAUAAAUCCUUUGACUGAUGAAGCAGCGAUAGCGCUAGCCACAGACAUGAUGAAUGAUAUCUUCAUUUUUACAAUUGCUUUCAUUGUUCUUUAUCAAGAGUAUGUGAGGAGUUCUAAGAGUAGUGCGGCAGAAAAACUUCAGAGGGAGAACGAGAUCCUAAGCAUUAACAACCAGCUGGAUGACUUGGUGUUAAUUACUGAGCGACACGAUGCUCAGUUACGGGAAGCAGAGAGGGAGCGGGACCACCUCCUGACCUUGAUCAGUGACCUCAAGACGUGGUCCAAACCAUGCACAAAGUUAAUAUCAGAGAGACAGGAGUCACAUUUACGUGAAGUAUUCAGACAUAUUAGAAACCUAAAGACAAUCCAGCUAACAGUGCAUAAAAAUUCAAAAACAGAGCAUAUUGACAUCGCUGUGGAACAAGAUAAACCACAGUGAGAUGCUUGAGCUACAAAGUAGUCUUCUUUUUAUACUUUCCAACUAGAUAAAUUAGGUUUUAGUCUUUGAUAUGCAUGCAUUCAAAGGGUGAAAGGCAGAGGUGCAAAUAAAGUACUUACAUUAUUAACAAAAGGACUAUGUGUGAUAAAUAAGAGUCUCAAGUGGUCCUCUAAAGUAGACAUCUUAGUUAUUUUAUGUACAAUUUAAUUUACACAGCUCUGUUUCCUAGGUGAUGCGUGUUCAUGUUUUCAACAAUCAAAAUGCCCUUAGCAUAGAAAAAUGAUUUAACAUAAAAUUACCCUUUCUUGCAAUUUUGGCAUUUUUCAAUAAAAUGCUCAUUCUCAUACAUUUUCUUUUUAUAGAAAAUCUUAAGCACAGGCUUGAACAAACAUCAUUUUUUCAUUUUUCAAAGACUGCCUUGAAAAACCACUGUCAAAGUUAUCAAAAUUUCUCUUCUGUCCACACAGGAAAACUUCUCAAAUACACACACCAAAUAUUCAGGCCUAAUGCAUGCAGACAUUUUCCUUGCAACCACACAAGCAAUGUCAAGCAUACAACAACAUUUUUACCUAGGAAGGACACACCUUCUCACUUCAACAGCCUGCUUAGGACUCGCAUGUUGACAAAUUGUAAAACCUGGUCUGGUAGCCAUGACCAGCUAUCUGUGUACACUACGGUAUACGAUGAGAAUGAAACUGUGUACACUAUAACCAGCAUCCUUUAGGAAAAACGAGAGAUGCACAUGUUUGUAUCUUUAUGAAUACGUAGCAAAAAAGCAUCAUUACUGAUGUAAUUUACAACCAGUGAAUGGAUGAAAUUUAAAGGAAAUAGAUAGAAGAUAUGUAUAUAAACAUUUGUUGAAAAUUAGAAAACAAUCUAACAUGUUUUUGAAAAAAAAAUAUUUUAAAGAUUUUUCCUGUAUACCGGUAUAUAUCAUACCCUUGUAAAAGAUUGAUACCAUUUGUUAAACAGUGUAUUAGAAAAUUGCAAAUUUUACUUAUAGCUAAAGUUGUUAUACAGGGUAAUUUUUAUUGAAAACUUUUAUAUGUGGAAGCUUCCUUAAAUGGUGUACAUAAGCCAAGUUUGUUCAGAUCAUGAUCCUUGGAUUCAAUUAACUGGGUUUGUCGCCCUUCAGGCAUACAACUUCCAUUUACAAGGCAGUAAGUUACAAAACACUUGCUUCUGAAGCUUUUUUUAGAUCAUGAAUGAGUCCUUCGUACUUAGAUAUUCAUAUUCUGUGUGAUAUUUUAUAUUUGUACUAUACUAAAUGUUUAUUUUGAUCACUUAGACUCUGCUAAUGCUUUAUGCUAUCUGAAAUUUUAUUAUGCAGAAUAAUUGGGAAAUGUUGUAUUUGUUGUGUGCAAAUCAGUAAAUGAAAUAAAUAGCUCACCCCUCUUAGAAUUAUUCACAAUUU